CUCCUAUGCUUCCAUUUUCCGACUCACUGUACAGAACUAGACCAUGUACUGCACUUCCCUCCUAUGCUUCCAUUUUCCGACUCACUGUACAGAACUAGACCAUGUACUGCACUUCCCUCCUAUGCUCCCAUUUUCCGACUAUCCCAGCCACCGCCUCCACCACCAUCGCAGUCAGAUCCAAGCAUAAGAAAUUCCACUUCCGCCCUAAAAUGUCCUUGAACAAUACUCCACAGCCAGUGCCACCGAUCUCUAAAGACCUCCUCGCCGCCGUCACUAAGCUACUUUGGGGCCCAUCCCUGCCACCAGGACUCCUCAUUUCCGCCGUCCGUACAGCAUGGAACUCCACUUGGCAAGUCAUGAUGUCCCAGCUGGCGCCAUCAGAUUCCUCCGGUGGAUACUCUAGACCGGCUUCCAAGUUCCGCCUCGAUCGAAAUCCCAAUUCUCAAUAUCAUUCCCGCCAAAAUCAAACAACUUUGCACCUCUACGUGGGCCUGCCUUGCCCGUGGGCCCACCGAACCCUUAUAGUAAGAGCUCUUAAAGGCCUAGAAGAUGCAAUUCCAGUAUCGGUUGCAGCGCCGGGGCAGGACGGUUCUUGGGAAUUUCAGAAUACUCGGAACACGGAUAAGGACACCCUUGUCCCGGGUAAGGAUAAUGUAAAUGGAUGCAGGACUUUGAAGGAGGUUUAUGGGUUGAGGAAAGCAGGCUAUAACGGGCGAGCUACGGUGCCAAUGCUAUGGGAUACAGAAAGAAAGGAGGUUGUAUGCAAUGAAAGCUAUGAUAUAAUUGAAUUCUUCAAUUCGGGCUUAAAUGGGUUCGCUCGCAAUCCGGAUUUGGAUCUUUCCCCAAAUUCAGUGAAGGGAAAGAUUGAGGAAUGGAAUCAAGUGAUAUAUCCUAACAUAAAUAAUGGUGUUUACAGAUGUGGAUUUGCUCAGAGUCAGGAGGCAUAUGAUAGAGCAGUGAAUGAUCUAUUUAGUACGUUAGACAUGGUAGAUAAUUACUUGUCUACUUCACGGUACUUAUGUGGAGACACAAUCACACACGCAGAUAUUUGCUUGUUUACCACAUUAAUUAGGUUUGAUCUUGUAUAUAAUAUUCUAUUCAAAUGCACCAAGAGGAAGCUGGUUGAGUACUCCAAUCUUCAUGGAUAUAUGCGCGAAAUAUAUCAGAUACCAAAAGUUGCAGAAACUUGCAAUUUUUCUGCAAUUAUGGACGGUUAUUACAAAAUACUAUUUCCAUUGAAUCCGGGCAGUAUUCGUCCGGUGAUACCUUCUGGAUGCGAGCAUGAAGCCCUUUCUGCACCUCACAAUAGGGAAUCACUGUCAUGUAUAGACAAAACAGAGCAGGUUUAUGUUUCUUAAUUGGCUACCAAUGGUACCCUGUAACUUAAAUUUUGUCUGUGUCAAUAUGUUUUUCACUUUUUCCACAACUUGGAUUUUGUGAAAGAAGAAUUAUAGAUGAUUACGAACUGAAUUUUUAAUAGUACAUUGUCUUCCAUAUGUUCGAAA